GGGCAGAGGGUACUGUGCUUCGAGCCUCUGGCCGCGGGCGCGCGGAGGAUCGUGCGAGCGCCGCACCUGCGGGCCCAGUUGUCGGGCUGUCGCAGCGCGGGGACUGCCCUACUAGGAGCUGCCGCUGACAUGAGUGCAGUGUCGGAGCCCCAGGCUGCUCACGCUCCCCUGGAGAAGCCAGCUAGCACUGCGAUCCUGUGCAGUACCUGUGGGAAUGUGUGCAAGGGUGAGGUGCUGCGUGUGCAGAACAAGUACUUCCACAUCAGGUGCUUCGUGUGCAAAGCGUGUGGCUGUGACCUGGCCGAGGGCGGCUUCUUUGUCCGACAGGGUGAACACAUCUGCACACGUGACUACCAGCGGCUCUAUGGCACUCGCUGCUUCAGCUGUGACCGCUUCAUUGAAGGGGAAGUGGUGUCAGCACUUGGCAAGACCUACCACCCUGACUGCUUCGUGUGUGCUGUCUGCAGGCUGCCCUUUCCUCCUGGGGACCGCGUGACCUUCAAUGGGAAGGAGUGUAUGUGCCAGAAGUGUUCCCCGCCCACGACACUGGGCAGCAGUGCUCACCUGGCCCAGGGCCUCCGGAGUUGUGGGGGCUGCGGCUUAGAAAUCAAGAAUGGCCAGGCCCUGGUGGCUUUGGACAAGCACUGGCACCUGGGCUGCUUCAAGUGCAAGACUUGUGGGAAGCUCCUCAAUGCGGAGUACAUCAGCAAGGAUGGGCUGCCCUACUGUGAGGCUGAUUACCACACCAAGUUCGGCAUCCGCUGCGAUGGCUGUGAGAAGUACAUCACGGGCCGCGUGCUGGAGGCCGGGGAGAAGCACUACCACCCUUCAUGCGCGCUAUGCGUCAGGUGCGGCCAGAUGUUCUCAGAGGGAGAGGAGAUGUAUCUGCAAGGCUCCUCUAUCUGGCACCCGGCAUGUCGACAAGCAGCCAGGACUGAAGAUAAGAGCAAGAUGCACAGCUCUGUUUGCAGCCAGCCCUGCCCGGGCACCCUGCCCUGUGCCUUACAGGAAACCAGGACUUCCUCGGAGAGCAUUGUCUCUGUGCCCGCAUCCAGCACGUCAGGGUCCCCAAGCCGUGUGAUCUAUGCAAAGCUUGGCGAUGAGAUCCUGGACUACAGGGACUUGGCUGCUCUUCCCAAAAGCAAAGCGAUCUAUAACAUUGACCGCCCCGACAUGAUCUCCUACUCACCCUACAUCAGCCACUCGGCCAUGGGGGAUCGACAGAGCUAUGGCGAGGGGGAUCAGGAUGAUCGGUCCUACAAGCAGUGCCGGACUUCCAGCCCCAGCUCUGCUGGCUCCGUCAGCCUCGGCCACUACACCCCAACAUCACGGUCACCCCAGCACUACAGUCGCCCAGCUGGUACUGUGAGUGUUGGUACCAGUAGCUGUCUGUCCCUGUCCCAACACCCAAGCCCUACAUCCGUGUUCAGACAUCAUUACAUCCCCUACUUCCGAGGCAGCGAAAGUGGCCGUAGCACCCCAAGUCUCUCGGUGCUCUCCGACAGCAGGCCUCCUUCCUCCACCUAUCAGCAGGCGCCGCGCCACUUCCACGUCCCAGACACUGGCGUAAAAGAUAACAUCUAUAGGAAACCCCCUAUCUACAAACAGCACGCCGCCAGGCGAUUGGACGUGGAAGACAGCAGUUUUGAUCAGGAUAGCAGGAAGAAGACCACCUGGCUGCUCCUCAAGGGGGAUACAGACACCAGAACGAACUCUCCGGACCUGGACAGCCAAUCUCUGUCCCUCAGCAGCGGGGCUGAGCGAGAGCCUCUGCAAAGGAUGCCCGGGGACAGCCUCUACUCACGCUUCCCUUAUUCCAAACCUGACUCUCUCCCAGGACCCAGGAAGGAUGGUCUGGACCUCCGGAACGCCAACGUGGCCCCUUGUGGAGCAGACCCGGAUGCCAGUUGGGGCACUCGAGAGUACAAGAUAUACCCAUAUGACUCCCUUAUCGUAACAAACCGAAUCCGGGUGAAACUGCCCAAAGAUGUGGACCGGACGCGGCUGGAGAGACACCUGUCGCCUGAGGAGUUCCAGGAAGUGUUUGGGAUGAGCAUCGAGGAGUUUGACCGCCUGGCCCUGUGGAAGAGGAACGAUCUCAAGAAGAAAGCCCUGCUGUUCUGAGAACUGCCAGCCUCUUCCCAGGAGCCUGCUGGGGCGUAGAGCUGAGGGACCCCACUGGCCUCCCCGAAAAAUCUCCUCCUGCACCUUGCCUUGCUUCUCUGUGUCAGCGGGGGGCAGGCGGGGUGCCCGUGGGAGGCGGGGCGCGGCCAGGCCCCCCGAGGAGCGUCCAGCAGGCAUGGUCCCUUGUGUAGCAAGGAUGCUCCCGCUCCGUAGUUUAGGGCCCGGUGCCAGCUUGACCCACUCCUUCCCGCCGCAACUUGGCAUCAAGGCCGUGCUGCGGCCAGCUAUCCUAGGAGAUGGGCCAGGGCAUUCAGGCAGCCCAGCACCUCCCCCGUGCCCCUGGUGUGCCCACACCUGUGCUGGGCUGCUGGGCACAGACGCAUCUGGGAGGUGGGUGAAAGGUUUGUCAGUGGCAGACCCUGACACAGCAGGGGUGGUGCGUGAGGCUCCUCAGAGCAUGAGCAGUAGGCAGGCAGGCUGAGGCAGGGGAGCCAGUCCCAUGGCUGGAGAGGCAGCGGGACUGUGAUUUUUGCAGUUAUUGUGAAGGAUCUUUUCUGGGGAAUGAAUGUUGACCUGACAGGGUGCCCCCACCACACACACACUAGUGCUCUGUGUACUGUGCCCUUCCAAAUCACCCCCCUUAGUUGCCUAAAUGAUAUCUUUCAAGUUACACAGAAGUUUUUAUUUUAUUAAAAAGUAUCGCUUCCUUACACAUAUGAAGACAUAUAUGCAGAGUUUAGUUUUCCGGUCCCUCAGAAGGGGAGCGCCUCCGCCUUACACCCCCACCGUGCGGGCCUCUGUGCUUCCAGUCCUCAGCGAUCCUCAGAGACAGGAGCCCAUCUGUUGCCCUUCGUCCCUGCCCUUCGUAUGUGUCACACAGACCGCCUCGAAGACAGACUCGCUCAGUAGUGCCGUUUGUAAAUACAUGUGAAGUGUAUCGUC